GCGUAGCGGCUGUCGCUAAACCAAGGCCACUCGCACCUUCUCCCCCACUUUCCGUUACAUAUUCCCUUCUUCCCCCUUUCUCCUCUCUCCUCUCCUUCCCUCUUCGUCACUCAACUGAGCAGCAGUGAGAGGGAGAGGUGGUUUCCUGACUUCCCCUGCGGUUUUCCGACAUACCAUCGUGAAGUUUUUUGGUUGGGAGCGGAUAAAUCUUCAGAUAUGAACGAUCGCGUUUAUCCGGCGUCCAGACCGGCGGGGGCGGCGCCGGCGGGGGGAGCGGCUGGGGCCGGUGGGACUGGCGGGCCGACCUACAUGAAGUCCCAACUUUACAGCGCUAAUCGGCCUGCGUACCGUCCUCAGCCCAAGCGGCGGCGGUCGAAGAGGCGGUGCUGCUGCCUCUGCUUCAUCUGGACCUGCAUCGUCGUGCUUUUCCUUAUCCUGGCGGCCGCGGUGGCCGCCGCUGUCUGCUGGGUGCUCUUCCGGCCUCAGCGGCCCGUGUUUACGGUGUCGGCGCUCCAGAUCUCGAAGCUCAACGUCACGGGGGGGUCGACGGUGGACUCCCUUGUUUCCAUCUCGCUCGACGCGAAGAACCCGAACAAGAAGGUCGAGUUUUUCUAUGACGACAUCUCCGUGACGGCCGACUCUGGGGGCGUGUCGCUCGGGUCCGGGUCGGUCCCUGGCUUCCAGCACGCGGCGAAGAACACGACGAUGGUGUCGGCGACCCUGUCCGCGAAGGGCGAGAAGGUGGACUCCGACGGAGCGAAGGCGCUGGCGGCGGAUCUGAAGAAGAACAGCGUGCCGCUGUCGAUCGAGUUGGACACGAAGGUUCGGGCGAAGAUGGGGGCGCUGCGGAGCUGGAGGUUGGGAAUCAAGGUUUCCUGCGACGGCUUCUCCGUCGCCGUCGUCAAGAAGAAGGGCGCGGCUCCGCCUUCCCUCUCCGACGGCAAAUGCGCCAUUAAAAUCCGGGUCAAGAUUCUCAGAUGGGAGUUUUGAUAGUUUUAAGGGUCCUUUCCUUCUGCUCUCCUCUACCCACCUUCAAUUUUAUUGACAUGGCGGUUUGUGAAUUCUUGCUUUUCUUUCUUUUCUCUUUAAAUCUUCAGUCAGUCGAUUGUUCGAAAAGAAGAAAAAAAAAACAGCUUUCUUUUUCAUUUUGAAAUAUGGAUUGUUAUAUGGUGUAUGUGAAAUCGUUGAAGUGAGUUAGGCUUAGCACAAUUGGAUAUAUUUAUGGAAUAUAUGUGUAAUUUUCUGGUUUAAAGUUAUAACGAUUGCUUGCUCCUUC